AUGGUGACGCUUUCAACAGAACGCUUCUCUCCGAAGCGAAUCUCCCCUAAGCACAUCAAGGCAAAGAUUGAGCCUCAUCUCCACUGGAAGGUGCCCAUGGAGAAGGGUGUCUACCAGUACCUGACUGGUACCACUGUUAUCAGGCGUUGGUCUAAUCCCGACCUCGACCCCGUGAAACCCGAAGACAGAACUUGGGGUGCCCUGGACUAUUGGGCGUACUGGACCAGUGAUAUUUUGGCACCUCCCCUGGCUUCGACUGUCUCUGCGGUAAUGAGCUUGGGGUUCACCGCGCGCGAGACGAUCCCAAUCGUCUUUUGCGGCUUCCUUCUCUGCUCUGGAGCUUUGACACUCACUGGUAAAAUGGGUGCUCGUUACAGUAUUCCCUUUCCAGUUUUGGUCCGCUCAAUGUUUGGAAUGUACGGAAGCAUGCCAGUCAUUGUGCUUCGAAGUUUUGUCGCUGCAAUGUGGACCGCCAUUCUCUGUGUCCAAGCUGGAGACUUCCUCAACAAUUGCAUAACAGCCAUUUGGCCGUCUUUUGCAAAUUUUCCAAACCACCUUCCAGAGAGCGCAGGCAUCACAUCUGCAGGGCUUCUUUGCUUCUUCAUAUACUGGAUAUUCCAGACGAUCCUGGCUUGCAUGCCCAUCAAGAAACUUCGAAUUCUUUUCUUGAUCAAAGGCAUCGUCGUCCCGCCCACAUUCCUCGCACUCUUCUUGUGGGGAGCCAUUGUCACUCACGGCGGCGGUCCACUUAUCACAGGGCACGCAAAGAUGACGAGCUCGUAUAUGAACACGGCUUAUUCCUCGUUGACUGCGCUCAACAGCAUCAUUGGGCUAUUUUCGUCGAUGGCAGUCAAUUUCCCAGAUUUUGCCCGCUUCUCCAAGAACAACCUUGCUGGGUAUAACCAGGUCCUAGCAUUGCCUAUCAUUGGAACCUUGGGUGCAUUAUGCCCUAUUUUCGUGACGGCUGCGCACAGCUACCUCUGGGGAUCAUUCGAAUGGUACAUGCCUGCGGUGAUUGCCAAGUUCGAUUCUCGCGCAGCAAAAUUCUUCACUGCAUUCAGCUUCAUGCUCGCCACGAUUGGAAAUCAGAUCGCAGCAGGCACUUAUCCCUUCUCGAACGACAUCUCCGGGUUAUGUCCCAAGUACAUCAACAUUUUCCGAGCGACAUUGAUCAUCUCGGUUUUCUGCGUCGUGUCGAAUCCAUGGCAAAUCAUCAAGAACGCAAGCGGUCUGCUAGCUUUCCUCUCGGGCUAUUCGAUGUUCAUGGGCGCCAUUUGCGGGACCAUGUGUUCGCAAUAUUACUUGAUCCUCAACAAGAAGCUCAACAUCCACGAGCUGUACAACGGCCACGGUAUCUAUCGGUACAACAAGUUCGGUAUCAAUUGGAGGGCAUAUGCUUCGUUCACGAUCGCUGUUGGACCACUGCUUCCUGGCUUCAGCAAGAGCAUCAACAACAGCCUCAACGUGGGAGGAAGUUGGAAGAUAUACACCUUCUCGUGCAUCUAUGGCUUCGUUGUGUCUGGGUUGACGUACUAUCUCAUCUGUCGGUACGUGUCAGAUGUGGGAGAAGCGAAGAUUGACGAAGCCGUGUAUCCACCCUCAAAGUUCGAGAGUAGUGACCUCGAGAUCAGAGGUGCAGAUCCCGAACAAGACUCAUAUGGGGAGAAGGAAGGCGACAUUGAGGUCGCAAUUGGCACGAAGGAAGUCAAGGCGUGA